AUAGUGCCUCGUUAGCAUCCGAGAUUCUUCACACGCUCAACAAGCUAACAAAGCUUUAUUUGAGAGGGACCUAUACGGGUCGUUGUGAUCUCAAGAUGCCUGCUUCAUUGCAGUGUAUAUCUUUUGAUGAUGGCGAAUGUUCAUCUGAGUGGCUGUGUAGCUUUUUGAUCACGCUGUCGGAAGUACACCAUCAAGUUGAGUGUACAAUGUUUAAUUUUCUUGUAAAAACAAGUGAUACUGAAAGUAGGAUCGAGACAGAUAGUACUGUUAUUCGUAGUGAAUUGUUGUCAUGUGACUUAUCUCAUGUUAAGCUUAACGUUGAUCACAAUAGUAAAGUGCCUUUUGAACUUAUUCGUAGUACGAAUAUAAAUUCUCUGUUGCUCACAGCUAAUGACGAUGCGUCCCUGGAUGUGGUGACACAAAGCUCCUUAACCAUGCUUAAAGAAAUUCGUUUCAAGGGAAUUCACAUGACACGUUUUGAUCACAAAUUACCAUCUACUCUGCAAUUUAUGAUUUUAUGUGAUGGAUAUUGUUCACCAGAUUGGUUGAAAAGUUUGAUGAUACACCUGUCUACAUUAGGCCAUACUGUCCGUUUGUACUUGUAUGAAUAUGCUCUGGUAUCGAGUGGUGAGUCAAAUGCCAUGGCUUUAGAACCGCCUAUUUUGAAAUGUGAAGAUUUGUCGAAUAUUAAAUUGGAGUUAAUGAAGGACUCCCCUGGAUUGUAUGAAACGUUACCCACAAUUAAUAUUACAAGUCUGAACAUGACGCAAAUCGAACGUCCCGACAUUCUGUUACAUACACUGCCUCUACUCACCCACUUGCAGCAGCUAAGGAUGUGUUUAAAACAAUAUACGGUGAUGAAACUACCAGGAUCUAUAAAGUAUGUGUUUAUAAUUUACACAACAUUUUCCCAUUCAUCGUUACAACAUUUCGUGCAGGACAUGUAUACCGCACAACAUAACGUACAAUGUAAAUUGCUGUUCCGUGUUGAAGGGAAUGAAGAUGAUUAUUCGAGAAUUAAACACGAAGUGUGUAAACUGGAGUCAGUAGAAAUGCAAAAGUUUGAAGUUGUAGACAAACGACAUUUUCGGGGGGCUGUUGCUGCUGCUGCUACUCUUUCUGCUACCGCUGACGAGGCUGAUGACGAUUUUGAUAAGCAUUUACUACGGAGAGAGGGAUAUGUUGAUUCUCGAACGUGGUUGCACUAUUGUAAAAUUCGACUCAAAUUUGAAUUUAGAUAACAUUUAUUCCGCUCGAUUAACUCGUGCUCCUUUAAUAUUAUUUUGUCCGUCUGUGUAUGUGACCGAAUUCAUGAAAUAUUAUAGGGAGUCUAUUCUUACAAUUUAUGUCUUAAUGUUGAGUUAUCGCAUUAACUGAUUUUAUGCAAAUAGAAUCAAUAUGUUCUCAGAGAUAUAUAAUUAAAAAGUUUCUGUGUUAUCUCCCUUUGAAUAACGCAUAUUCUAUACAUUAAGGUAUAUAUUUAUAUGCAAUAAAAACACAUUUCGGAAAAAUAGAUUCUAAAACGAUCAGAUACGUUAACCGUUAUAUUAAUACAUUAUUAUUUAUCUAAAAAUUAUGACUAAAACUAAGUUUUCACAAUUUUGAUUUAAUGAUAUAAAUCAAUACCAUGCUCGGCAUAUUUCUGUAAAGAGAAACAUUUCAGCCGUUAUCUGUACAUCUUAAGAAAUAACAUAACCUAUUAUUAAGAGUGAUUAGAUAUGCUUUAUACUGGAAAUUACUUAGAUUUACACUUUCAGAAAAUGUUUUUUUAAUGAAUUAAUUAAAAGCGAUUUUAUAAUAAGGCAAACCCGUGGAAUUUCAAAUAUCGGAUAGUAUUGUGAUUCGUAGCACUCAUAAUGUACUAAAAUGUCAAGUACUUUUGCAAAUACAUGUUUCAAAUCUUCACACAGGUGCGAUAUUUUUAAUCAGAUAUUGUCAAAACAACUUGCAUUUUCUUCUCAAAGAAAAUAAGUCUUUUAUGCAACCGGACAUUAAACAAUAAUAUAACGUGCAAAUGGUAACGUAGAAACAUGACAAUGUUUUUCCGAAAUGACAAUCAUAAACAAGUGGCAUUAUUGAUUUUUACAAUGUAUUGAACACGCAAUUAUGAGUAUCCGGGCCGUCCUAAGAAUAUGAACGACCCUAGCGUUCUUGUGACGAUUUUUGGCGUUGUCGGGAAGCAACAAACUGACAAAAACACCUGUAUGCAAAAUCGUACCAUGGCUUAUCCAAACAUUCAGCGUAUGUUUCUACGAUGAUGUGCAACAGAAUGUCUCAGCAUCCUCUCUGCUCCCAACAUAACGUCUAUUCAAAGGCCUAAAAAUAUCUUCCCGAAUGAUGAAGUAUCAACGUACGUCUCGAGGCCCAUGUUUUCCCAGGUUGACGUACCUUCAAAAGUCUAAGCGACCGCCCCGCUCCGAGGAUGACGUCACAAGGCGCGUAUCAGGUCCAUCUGUUCAUUUCGUCAUCCCUCCAAACGCCUCAGUGAUUUCAUGAUGACGUCAAUUCUUGUAUCUCAAGAUCCACCCUUCUUACACGAUGACGGCUCCUAUACUUUCUCAUGAUUCAGUGUACUCAAAAGUUUGUUAUUGCGCUAUUUUGUCCCUUAUAUCGGAUUGACAUUUCUAUUGUGCCGUUAUUAUUUACACGUAAUGCUAUGCUGUAUCGAAAGAAUUUUGAAAGUCAUGCUUAUUAUACAUAAUAUUGGACCAAAAUGUAUUCUCUUACAGCUGUCUGCUGUAGACAUGUAAAUAUUGAAUAAAUGUAAUUAGUAUGACGACAUUGUUAACAGGAGCUGUUUGUAAUAAAUCAUUGCCUGCCUUGAUCAAUAUGUUGAUAAUUCAUACUAAGUAAUGAAGAAACAUAACAGUAUUGUACAUAAAUUAUAAAUGUAUAUUUUGUCAUCCUUCCAACAAUUAAAUAUGUAUAAUACGCUUGAGAAAAUUAAUAUCAAAUUAAAAAUAUGUAAUAUAUUGCGUAAUAAGAUUUUCCAAUUGUAAAUUGUUUCGUACACAUGUUCAUUAAUAUCCUUUAACUUGAAAUAUGAUGGUUUUUGUAUAGUAACUGUGUCUACUUUUUCGUUUAAACAAUUGAUAUUAUUCUCUGUGUGUUUUUGUUCAUCUGGAUUUGUCAUUAUUUAUCAAACUCCAUGAUGUAAGUUUAACUACCGUUUAUCAUCUCCAACCGUUGACAUCUGGAAUAUUCAUGAAAAUUCAUUGUAAAUACAGUUUAUACAUUGUACAUAAAAUCUGAAUCCCUCAAUUUAAAUAGUAUGUGCACAACUCAUAAAAAUUCUGUAUUAUGAUUCGUAUCGUUCAAGUGAGCAAACAUGGUUCUGAAUACAGUACACUGAAUACAGUACACUGUCUCUUAAACACUGGCCUCAGUGGUUUUAUUUAUCUGCAUCACGCUAUACCAUCGUGAAUGCCCAACCAAGAGCUUUGUACAUUAGAUUUGUUAAAACGGUAUUAUGAAUUUAAGUAAUACUGCAUAAUAUAAAACUAAUUUAGAGUCAGUUUUGUUGUAGGCGACCUUCUUUUUGUAGUAAAAUCAUUUUAGUUAUGGAUUAGUAUGUACAUAUUACAUUUAUUUUUCGGUUUGUUUCCAUUCGUUGACAUCAAAUUAAUGCAUGUUGAAUACUAGAUAUAAAUUUAAAAACACAUUUCCUUUAAUAUAGAACAUAUGUGCAGGCUCAGCUAUUUUUGUGUACAUAUGCAAUUGUUUCAUUACUAUUGUCUAGCUACAGGUGUUUAUAUAGUGUGCACUAUAAUAGUUGAUUUAAAGUAAAAAAAUGUUAUUGUAACGUGAUACAUAAGGCUAAUGAAAAUACAAUAUAUCGUUAUUCAACAUUGUCAAUAAGGAGGUCUUUAACAAUUAUGAAGUUUCAUCUUACUUGUUUAACAUGUUGUCAGUUCAUAGUUGAAUGUAUCCUAUACUUUAGUAUGCAUUUAAAUCUAGUGUCAGCGAAUAGUAUUUGAAAUUGUCAAAUAACCCAAUAUGCUAUAUGAACCGAAAGUUUAUCUGUAGUGCACCUGUGUGUAUAUAUAUAUAUAUUAAAUAUCAGUUGUUGUUUUGUAUUGUCCAUAACUCAUAUAGUUUUAAUAUUGUAUGUGUAAAAAGUAUUUCGACUUUUAUGACAUUUAUGUAAUUUAUUGUUCAAUACCCGAUGUCGAUGUAUUGGAUGUGCUUCUGACUUAGAAAAGUAAUCGGACGAGUUUUCUUUAUUUGUAGUAAGAUUAUGCUACAAUGAUGUAUAUCAGCCAUGUGCAUCGUUUUGUAUUUAACAAUUAUAAUAUGUGUGCAUGUAUUUGUGUGAGUACUUUGUACUUUUUGUAUAAAUUAGUAAUCUUUAAGGGGCCUUUUCAUGUUUUGGUAAAUUGACAAAAUUUAAAAAAAGAUUUCAGAUUUGCAAAUUUUCGUUGUAGUUAUGAUAUAGAUAUAUAUUUGUUAGGAAACAGUAAUACUGAGCAUUUAUCAUGCUCUUAAAUAUCGAUUAUAUGCAUCUUUUGACGAUCGUCGAUUGAAUAAUUCGGAGAGUUCUGUUGUCAUCCUUAUAUUUUGUGAUACUACGAGGAUUGCUUAUAUAAAGUAUAAAAUACAUCACUCAUUGUAUGAGCACGGAUGGCCGAGUGGUCUAAACGAUCGAAUUUUACUAUAAGGGUCAGUGGUCCGAGUUCUGUUGAGGGUUACUUUUUUUUCUUUUUUUUAUUAUAUUCGUUAUCUUUCUUUUAAUGGAGCUUACAUUUGUUUACAUUUAUCAAUAUAAACCAUUAAAGGACAAACUUUAAAACAUGCCAAAAUCUGUGAAAAGGCUCCUUUGAUGUUUAAUAUCUAUUUUCAAGUAUGUGCUUGUAUAUAACAUUACGCCAUGUAUAACUGCAACUUUAACACUGUGGAAUAAAAUCUGUAUUUAAAUGUCUAAAUGUACAAUAGUAAAUUCGUUUGCUCUCGAACAUUACCUUUGAAAUACAAAUCUGUAUUUAACUUAUACAAAUCGUUGGUGUGGUGUAUUACUGGAAGGUUGCAUUAAAAUACAUGUCCAAUGACAAUCUAAUGCAUGAGAUUAUUCUUAAAUAUAAAAGAAUGCAUACGAAUUUCACUCACUUUUGUGCAGAUAAACGUAUGGUCAAUAAUAAAACUCACCAAUUCGCAAAAUUCAUUAGCUAUCUUACAAAUAUGUUUAUUAGUAUUUUUAAUUUGUUUUAAACUACACCAUAGCGUAUAUUGUAAACAUGUAAGUGCGUUGACUCGGGAAAGACAGACAGGAAAAUGUGUGAUGUACAAAGAUUGCAUGCAUCUAAUAAUAUUUUAUUUCUCCGUCUUCAGUAAGAUUAGUUUUAAUGUUGGUUAUUUAUAAAACACACAUUGAAUUCAAAAGGUGUACACGUACGUUUGUCCACAUACAAGCCUGUAUGUUCAAAUGUUAGUUUAGCCCCUGACGGAUGUUCGUGUUGAACUCGCGUUUAUAUUUUAACAUACAGGUGUAUGUGCGUUAUGUUCAACUGUUACAUUAUUGUAUUAUUAUGAAGUGUGACCGUGUAAUGUUUGUCAUUUGUCAUAUAUGUAUAUUAUUUGUUUGUGUAACAU